AAUGCAGGAGCAGAUGUAUUCUGAGGGGAGGGGCUUUACUGAGGUGGCUACUCUGUCCCUCACCUACACUGAGGCUCAGAGAUCGAUGUCAUUUCAAGCAAAGCCACAACACAUGUCUCUUGAGCUCUCUGGGUAGAGAGCAGGCUUGUGAGCCACUCGUGAACUGGUUGGAUGGAGAUCUCUGGCCGGGCCUUGAACCCCAGCUCUCGCCUCUCCUCCAGCUCCGACCCCCGGGCCCCGCUCGGGUUCUAAGAUGUCCGCCCAGCUGCGCAACCCCCUGUACUCGCCCCUCCUGCGGCGGGCCGGGGAGCUCCGCCGCUCGGGCGCGUUCUGCGACGCCGUGGUCGUGGUGGACGGCCAGGCCUUCCGGGCCCACAGCCUGGUGCUGGCCUGCGCCAGCCGGGAGCUGGAGCGGCGGCUGACCGUCGCCGAGGACGACCGCGACCACGACGACCGCCGCGACCACGACGACCACCGCGACCACCAUGACGACCACCACGACCACCAUGACGACCGCCACGACCACCGCCGCCGCUGCACCAUCGACGCCCUCUCCGCCCACGCCUUCCGGCAGGUGCUGGACUACGCCUACGCGGAGGUGCUGGAGGUGCCGGUGGCAGACCUGCCGGGGCUGGCAGAGGCCGCCCGCGCCCUGGGGAUGGAGGAGCUGGGGAGGCAGUGCCUGGCCUGGCUGGAGAGGGCGGACCCCGGGCCGGGCGCGGGACACCGCGGGCGCAGGUCCUCGGGCUCCGCCGGAGGGGAACCCCAAUCCUCGGAGGCGUCCCCCGGCAGCACUGACCUGGAGGGGCCGGGCUCCCCUCCCCACGACUCCCCCCGCAGCAGGGAGCCCAAACCCGACGAGACGCUGCGCAGAGUCAGCGUCAUCGCCAGUGCCGCCCCCCAUCUGCCCGCUCCCUCCCCCACCAGGCCCCCCAAACUUGGGUGGGGCGCGGGAAUGUCCCCGUCCACUACAGAUUUCUCCAUCCGCACCCUCCAGUCCUCCCAGCCCUUACUGGCUUACUCCUUCCCCUUCUCCACGCCCGUGUACCCACUCUUCCCUCCCCAGACCCUCCCCCAAGUGCACGACUCCAUCUUCAGCUACGCCAGGCUGCUCCACCCCUUCCACCACAGCCUCCUCCAAGCGCCGCAGAAGCUGGCCGCCUCGAUGAAGCACGGCCCCCUGGGAAAGAAGGCCUCGGUGGACGUUGCGCUGAUGGACGCCGUGCCAGGUGGUGGGGAAAGGAAGUGUCAGAGAACUGCAGACAGGGUCUUCUGCUGCUCGUACUGCCACAGGGAGUUCCUGGACACCCGAGGGCUACAGAGGCACGAGGUCACUUCCUCCGUCCCACUGGAGCCCCUGUUUUGUCCGUCCUGUGGGAAGGCUCAGACGAGCCGCGGCGCCCUCCUGCCCCCCCACGCCCGCAGAUGGGGUCACCUGUGCUCGGAGUGCGGCCGAUCCUUCGCCAGCAGCACCGCGCUGCGCAGACACCAGCGCCAGCACACAGGUGAGGCCACGCUGGGCUGUGAGUACUGCGAGCGCUGCUUCAAGGAUGAGAGCUCCCUGCGCUCGCACCGCCGGAUCCACAGCGGGGAGAAGCCCUACCAGUGCCAGCGCUGCCCCAAGAGAUUCAGCCUCAAACACCAGCUGGACACCCACUACAGGGUGCAUACUGGCGAGAAGCCCUUCGAGUGCCGCCUGUGCGGCCAGCGUUCGCGGGACUACUCGGCCAUGAUCAAGCACCUGCGCACCCACGGGGGAGCCACCCCGUACCAGUGCACCAUCUGCCUGGAGUACUGCAACAGCCUGGCAGCCAUGCAGAAGCACCUCAAAUCCCACCCCGUCCAGGACUUCCCGCCCGACUGGAGCAUCGGCAGCACCUACCUGUACACCUCUCACAGCUGAGGGCCACAUUCGAGGGAGGGGGGGGGCAGGGGCCUCCCUGCGCACGCGACUCCCCAAAACGUUCACCAUCAACCGGCUCCACUGACGAAGCUAGUCAGCAGUGGGCAACGCAGGACGCAGUUGGGUAGCCGUGGUCAUGGGUUUAGCGGGCUUGGUGUGGUCACGGGAGGGAACCUGGGUGCGAUCUGACCAUCAAUUCCACAGGCAGGUUGAGCUCUGACAGGCAGGCAAGGAGCGGAACGAGCACACACACACACACACACACACACACACACACACACACAGCACACACACACACACACACACAGCACACAAAGAUCUUUCAAACACUUGGUAACUCACACUAACUACCCAUACGUCUCCUCCCAUUAUGGGACAAUCACAUGUGCACAUUCAAAACGUGGACAGAAACAGACCUGGGUUCAACAUAACCACAUUGACCAGGGGCCCUCAGUCUUCUCCAGAAAGGGCCAGUGCGGGUUAAGGCUUUUGUUUCCAACAAGCAGUGACACACAUGAUUCUACUCAUCAACUACUAGAGUAAUUUGCUGACGAUUAGUAGAAUCAGUUGUGCUACUGCUUGGCUGAAACAAAAGCCUGCACCCACACCAGCCCUUUCGGGACAAAAUUGAGGACCUCUGACAUAGACAGUAAUUGUGUAAUACAAGUGUAGCAUGUAAGUCGAGAAGCAAUACCACAUUAACACCACUAGGAGGAGCCAAGUCCCAGCUACUUCUCCUAUUUGAAUGUAGAAUACAGCAGCAUUAUUGAACCCAUUUACCAAUGUUUGAUUUUUGUGCUUUUACUAUGAAUGACAAUUUUGUGGCUGUAUAUAUUUUUAACGUUUGUAUUUUUUUAAAAUCAAAUAUUUUAAAUAUCUGCUUUAUUGUCAGUAGCAAAAAAAGAGCUUUUCAUAGAAAAUUUAAUAUUAUAUUUAAGAUUUAAUGUGUUGCAAUUAGGUUGGAGUAACUGAUCAAAUCUAAAAUAGUAAGACAUUUGUCUCUUAUGUGUUAAAGGGGUGAUGAGAAAAUCUAAGAGGGUUCUCUCAGAUAUCAUCUUUCUUUUUUGUUCGCACAAUAAAGUGAGCUUCUGGGGGGGGUUAACUUUUAAUGCUUCCUAUAACAUCACAGCACAGACAAUCUGCAUUUGAGAAGCACGUAAAACUCAAAGAGUCAUAGGGUAAAUUAAUGGGGGGGGGGGGGGGGGGACCCCCUAUGAUUUCACUGGGCAGAGCCUGCAGAGCAUCAUGUUCAGUAUUUAAUCAACUCCACUGGACUCAUAUGUCCCCUGUUAGAGUUGAAUUAAGAGAUUUUAUUGUGCGCGCGUGCCGCGGUUCCAUGUUUUAAUGGAGCCGCGUUAUUAUGUCGCCAGUUUUUUUUUGUUUUUUUUUUUGCAGAAGCUGUCGUUCAAUUUUACGAACGACUCAGCGAAGCAAUAACGGAUGGUGGACUGGGUCGGUCAUCCAAAACUGCCGUUCCACGACCUGACCGAAGUGUGCAGCCCAGCAAAAUGUCACAAAAAAACAGUGUUAAUUCAAUUCUUACAGAGAGUACUUAUGUGGGCAAUGGAGCCCAUAUAUACACUGAAAGAGCUGAUUUAACACUGAAAUAUUUUACUGUGUACAUUGUGUGGGUUAAUGGUACUGACCAUAGGUGGAAUGACGCCACUGUAACCAUGGAAAUGGUUCUUAACUUUGGUUUUGCUUAAUUAAUUAAUUAAUUAAUUGAUUGAUUGAUUGAUUAAUUAAUUAAUUAAUGGAUCAAGUAAAAUACCCCAUUGGUAUAACUGCAUUUACCCAUGGACACAAGUUUUAAUGACGUGGACAAAUAACGAAUACGUGUCUGAAAGGCAAAUGAAGAGUCUAAAAUUCACAGAGAAGACUGAAGCACACAUGAAAGAGUUUUGACCACGCCUUUUCUUUACUAAUUGUCUUAUUUGCUAACAUUUGAUGUUUCUGUUAGUCAUCACACAUUAAACAACGUGCUUGCGGAAUGCACUUAUUGGCUUUAUGUUUGCAAUUCUCUGGAUGUGCCAGGUUUUAUAGCAGAUGUAAAACUUUAACUUUGAACAAAAUAAAAUUUUAUUUGACGCGG